AUGCAUCUGACGACUGCAACGCGACCGGACAUCGCCUAUGCUGUAAGCUUUGUGUCACGGUUCAUGGAGAAACCCCAAGAAGAACACUGGGUUGCAGUCAAGCGCAUCUUCCGCUACCUACAAGGCACCAAGAUGCAUGGAAUCUGCUACAAGCCAAGUGCGAAGAUCGACUUUCGUGGCUAUUCAGAUGCAGACUGGGCCGGUGACCUUGCUGAUCGCAAAUCGACGUCCGGCUACGUCUUCAUGCUAUUGGGUGCUCCGGUGAGUUGGGGCAGCAAGAAACAGCCAAGUGUGUCACUGUCUACAAGCGAAGCGGAGUACAUCGCGCUCAGCCUGGCGAUCCAAGAAGGCAAGUGGAUCAAUCGCUUGCUGUGCGAGAUCAUGGCGGCUGCAAACGAAGAAGGACCCGAGCUCGUCAUCCGUGAAGACAACCAGUCGUGCAUCAAGAUGACGAAGAAUCCGGUCAACCACGGCCGCGCUAAACACAUCGACAUCAAGUACCAUCACAUCCGUGAUGAGGUCUAG